AUGUCAACUGCCAAACCAAAACCAUACAUCACGUUCCAAGGUUCACAAAAUUUCAGACUACGAAUCAUUCUUUCCACAUUAUCUGGGAAACCAAUUAAAAUUGAGAAAAUCCGUUCCACUGAUUUAAAUCCAGGUCUAAAAGAUUAUGAAGUUUCCUUCUUAAGAUUAAUAGAAUCAGUAACUAAUGGUUCCGUCAUUGAAAUCUCAUACACAGGUACAACAAUCCUUUAUAAACCAGGUAUAAUCACAGGUGGUGCACAUACACAUAAUUGUCCCCCAUCAAAACCAGUAGGAUAUUUCGUAGAACCAAUGUUAUACCUAGCACCCUUCUCCAAGAAGAAAUUCUCAAUCUUAUUUAAAGGUAUCACUGCAUCUCAUCAAGAUGCAGGUAUUGAAGCAAUUAAAUGGGGACUAUUACCAAUAUUAGAGAAAUUCGGUUGUAGAGAAUGUGCAUUACAUACAUUGAAAAGAGGAUCCCCUCCAAAUGGUGGUGGGGAAGUUCAUCUCGUCGUGGAUUCUCUAAUUGCUCAACCUAUCACUAUGCAUGAAUUGGAAAGACCAACUAUAGCAACCAUAAGAGGUGUCGCAUAUUCAACACGUGUAAGUCCAUCAAUGGUUAAUAGAAUGAUUGACUCUGCAAAGAAAGUAUUGAAAGAUAUUAGUUGCCCCGUAGAAAUAACUGCAGAUGUUUGGAGAGGUGAAAAUUCAGGUAAGAGUCCAGGUUGGGGGAUUACAUUAGUUGCAGAAACGAAAAAAGGUUGGUGUUACUUAACAGAGGCAAUUGGUGACGCAGGUGAUGUUCCAGAAGAUAUCGGUCAAUUAGUAGCAUAUCGUCUCCUAGAGGAAAUAUCGACAAGUGCAGCAGUCGGUAGAAAUCAAUUAGCAUUAGCCAUGGUCUAUAUGGUCAUCGGUAAAGAAGAUAUCGGUAGAUUGAGAAUAACGAAAGACGAAAUAGAUGAAAACUUUAUUAAUUUACUAAGAGAUAUCAAAAAAGUAUUUGGUACAGAAGUGUUCCUAAAACCAGUAGAUGAUUUGACCCAUCCUGAUGAUUUCAUCGCUACGAUAAAAGGGGUGGGUUUCACUAAUACUAGUAAAAAGAUUGCUUAA